GUGACAGAAACAGAAGCAGAAGAGCGCGCGAAACCUGAAUAAAACCCCAACACUAUACGCUCUCCUCCAACACUACGCAUUCACGGUCACGGUAGAGUACACUACAGUUGUACAAUGCCGGAGCUUCCGGAGGUGGAGGCGGCGCGUCGGGCGCUAGAGGAGCACUGCGUUGGGAAGAGGAUCAAGAAGUCGACGGUCGCCGACGACUCUAAAGUCAUAGACGGUGUCUCUUCGAAGGACUUCGAGGCCGCGCUCGUCGGGAAAACUAUAGUCGCCGCCCACCGUAAGGGAAAGAACAUGUGGCUUCAGCUCGAUUCCCCUCCUUUCCCCUCUUUUCAAUUCGGAAUGGCUGGAGCUCUGUAUAUAAAGGGAGUUGCUGUCACUAAAUAUAAGCGGUCUGCCGUGAAGGAUACAGAUGAGUGGCCUUCCAAGUAUUCUAAAGUAUUUGUCGAACUAGAUGGUGGGUUGGAAUUCUCUUUCACUGACAAGAGGCGGUUUGCUAAAGUUCGUUUGCUCGACAAUCCUGCUUCUGUGCCCCCAAUCUCUGAGCUUGGUCCUGAUGCAUUACUGGAGCCCAUGACAGUAGAUCGGUUUUACAAUUCCUUAACAAAGAAGAAAAUUGGAAUCAAAGCUCUUUUGCUUGACCAGAGCUUUAUUUCGGGCAUUGGUAAUUGGAUGGCUGAUGAAGUGUUAUAUCAAUCUCGAACCCAUCCACUUCAGACUGCCUCCAGCAUGUCCAAAGAAGCCUGUGCAGCUUUGCUCAAAUGCAUUAAUGAGGUCACAAACUUUGCUGUUCAAGUUGAUGCUGACAGCCUCCGCUUCCCUGAUGAAUGGUUAUUUCAUUUUCGAUGGGGCAAAAAGCCAGGAAAAGUAACUGAAAAGGCUAUUGAAGUUGGGGCCGAUAGUAGUCAGUUCCCUAGUAAUUGGAUAUUCCAUUCCAGGGAAAAGAAGCCUGGCAAGGCUUUUGUUGAUGGGAAGAAAAUUGAAUUCAUCACUGCUGGUAGCAGGACAACAGCCUAUGUCCCAGAGUUGCAAAAGUUGACUGGCAAUCAAGCUGUGAAAGAAGCAGGUAAGCCUUCUAAAAGAACUGCUGCUGGUAAUAGCAAUGCUGAUGAUGAAUCGGGAGAUGAGGACAAGCCGAUUGAACCAAAAGCUGUGGGAGGGAGGAAAACUGGUAGAACUAGGAAGCCAUCUGCAAUGAAAAAGCCGAGCACAAGUGUUUCAGAUUCUGACGAUGAUGAGGAAAAUAGUGCUGAUGAUGUGACUUCUAAGAGAAAGCAAGGGGCUAAGAACCCUCCUGCAAGAAGCAAAGCGAAGGGACUCAAUGAAAACAAAGGACAAAGGAGACAAACUAAAGGAAGAACUGCACCUGCAAAGAGAAAGCAUGAAGAAAGUGACCAUGACACCAUUAGUUCAAGCGGGGGUGAUAAUGAGGAUCAACAUGAAGAGGCUGAGGAGGUGAUGAAUGGAAAACGGAGGGGAGCUGGGGCAUCAUCUAAGAAGAGGGUUGCAAUCAGUCAAAAUAGGAAGCAGAAGCAAAAUGCUAAGUAAUGGGAGCUGCUGCUCUUACAUGUACUGGAAGAACGGGAAGGAGAAGAUGUUGGUUAAUACAGCAAAGGUGUUGCUUUUUGUGUAACUUAAUUGUAACUGAAGUCGAUUGAUCUUAGUCCUUAACUUAACAAGCUUCUUAAAUAGACUCUGAAUGCCUUGUAAUUAUAUUUUGGGUCCAAAAAUUAGAUUUGUCAUAUGAUUUCAGUCGUACAGCGCCAGUUUUGUACAUUUAGUUCCUGACAAUUUAAACAUCUAUUGCCGUUUAGUGGGCAUGCUUA